UCUCCGGAUCACCUCCGUGUCCUCUCUGAGUCUUCCUUCGUUGGACACUUUGCUCCGCAGAGCAGGAACACCUGUGUGCACGAUGCGCGCAAACUGCCGCGGUGCGCCAUCUCCUCUCCGGAUGCGCUGACCGAGACCCGGAUGGGUGCAAACUUCCCCUCUGGUCCAAACUUCCCGGUAUGAUCGCUUCCAACGCGAGCCUGAGCUGUGCGCGGUGUCCCGGGGAAGCGACGACGGAGGCGAGCGGAGCGGUUCCGGGCUCAGUGCCGGCGCCCUCCUUGAGUCCGACCGGGCACCUGGUGGUGGCGGUGUGCCUGGGAUGCAUCGGCACGCUGGGCUUCCUCAGUAACUUCCUGGUGCUGGCGCUGUUCUGCCGGUACCGGGCUUUGCGCACGCCCAUGAACCUGCUGCUGGUGAGCAUCUCUGUGAGCGACCUGCUGGUCAGCGUGCUGGGGACCCCGUUCAGCUUCGCGGCCAGCACGCAGGGGCGGUGGCUGAUCGGACGCGCUGGAUGCGUUUGGUACGGCUUCAUCAACGCGUGUCUGGGCAUCGUCUCCCUGAUCUCCCUGGCCGUUCUGUCCUACGAGCGUCACUGCACCAUGAUGACGCCCACCAUGGCGGACGGCAGGGACUUCCGGCCGGUGCUGGCAGGGAUCUGCUUCUCCUGGCUGUACUCCGUGGCCUGGACGGUGCCGCCGCUGCUGGGCUGGAGCCGCUACGGCCCCGAGGGGCCCGGCACCACCUGCUCUGUUGACUGGAAGACCCAAACUCCAAACAACAUCUCCUACAUCAUCAGCCUUUUCACCUUCUGCCUUGCCUUGCCGUUCGCCGUCAUAGUCUACUCCUACGGGAAGCUGCUGUUCACAAUCAGACAGGUGCGUAGAGUGAGCUCAUUGGUGACGCGGCGCAGAGAGCAGCGCGUUCUGGUGAUGGUCGUCAUCAUGGUGGUCUGCUACCUGGUCUGCUGGCUGCCGUACGGCGUCGCCGCUCUGCUCGCCACCUUCGGCCCCAGAGACCUUCUGACCCCGGCGGCCAGCAUCACGCCGUCGCUGCUGGCCAAGCUUUCCACUGUGGUCAACCCUUUUAUUUACAUAUUCAUGAACAAACAGUUUCACAGAUGUUUCCGGGCCUUUUUUUCCUGCUCCGCUCCAGAACCGGGCUCCACCUUAAAGACAUUUUCUCGGCCGACCAAGACGUUCCGCUCCGCGCGGCCGGAGAGGAACCACCAGGUGACGGCGGCCGCCCCGUCCACGGCGCCGCCGACGCCCAUCAGCGGCUGCUCUGCUGCAGAACCUCCGUCUGCUGCCCGACCCAAACCCAAAGUGAUUCUGGUGGCUCACUACAGGGAAUAAAGAGACGCAGAACAAAGGGAGCAGGUCUCCGAAAAGACAAAGCAUCUUUUUUAGCAGAGAACCGAACAUGCAGAACAUGAAACCGGGCCGUUUAAUCCCGGUGGAUCCGAGAACAAACGCUCUGUGAAGCUUUGUGUACAAAGCCCACUGAAGAUGUGAGAUUAGGGCUACACGCAGUGCUUUGUGUUGACAUUACACACCUUUCGCUUCUGGAAUUACAGACCGGAUCCCAUUCAGAAGAAUAACACAAACAUUCUUCCUGGAUUUCUUAUCUAAAUGUCUCUGUGUUGGUUUGUUUUGGCAGCGGUUUGUUGUUUCAGUUCACCUUGUAGAAAUGUUGCAGUUAAAUUAACUGAGGAUAACUUGUUUUUAUUGUCCUCAGAUAUUUGGGCUUUGAAAUGUUGUUGCCUAGAUUUACAGAAUCUGCUUGUGAAAUCAUUCAGUAACCCAAUAAUUAGCCUUCAUAAGGACUUUAUUUAGUUUUCACAUUUUGUCAGAUGUUUUAUAUAGAUUUCAUGUUUCUAACCGACACAAAGAGGUUUAAGGUUUAAAGUUUUGAAGAAAUAAAAACCCAAAAUGUUCGUUUUUCUUCAGUCACCUCUCCUCUGACUGCUACGGAAGGCAAUUAGGGCCAUUGAAAAAGGUACAAAAAAUAAAUCCAAACAUUUUUCUUUUAAUUUUUACUCUUCAAACUUGAGAUUUUUUAGACUUUAUUUUUUGAAUGUUCACUUUAUUUUGUCUCAGAAUUAUUUCUUUCUCAGUUUUGAGUUCUCCAAAAUAGUUUUUCUUAGAUUUUUUUUUUCCACACAGAAUUUUGGCUUUUUUUCCCCUCAUAACACUGUUUACUAUAAAAAUGUUUAUGUUUUUUCAGAUU